AUGGCACUUGAACCCCAACCUCCACCAUAUCCCAAACGGCCCAAGUUGAAUCAUUCCAACGACUUGUCGUUUGAGAAUCUCGUUUCUCUUGCCAUCCACCGCGACAGGCUUGGAGAUGCCCGCAAAGUUCUCUGGCGCGACAAGGGGGAGCCUAUCAUUUAUCUCUCAACUCUGCGCCAGUGUCUGGACCAUGCUGUAGCCGGUACCGCUCGGUCGGCGACAUUAGGCUUUACCAUUCGAGCCUCUUUCAACCUUCUUCUGGCCCUAAUCAAGGCCCGAAGGAUCCCCAAGUCCUUAUUCGUCGCCUUCAUUGUCUUCCAGUCUGAUCCACCUUUUAGAUCCCAAUGGUUUGCGCUCGUUCGACACGCCAUAUUUGGUCAAGAUACCUUCCGGUUCGCAGCGAUGCUAGGAACAUUUGCUGGACUCUACAAACUACUAGUCAACUCAUUUCCCAUCAUCUUUCCACCCUCUCCUCGGGACUUGGAUUCACCGCUCUCCCCAGAGUCCGGUCUGGCCACGCCUGGUCUUACGCGUCGUGCCCCUCGUCUUUCUCUUAGCACUCAAGCGCGAUUGAUACUGAGGCAACAACAUGGUCGACGUUGGCAUGCAGCUGUCGCGGGGGCGAUCGCUGGUGGUCUCGCUCUAAUGUGGGAGAAACGGAGUAGACGAGUCAUGUUUGCUCAACAGCUCUUUGUCCGCGGACUGCAGGGUAUUUACAACGACUACUCUGAGCACUGGGGCAUCAGCAUCCCCCAUGGCGCUUCGAUCGUCUUUGCGUUGGCUUGCGGCCAGAUUAUGUAUGCCUUCUUCUUGCGCCCAGACACUCUUCCGCGGUCAUAUGUGAACUGGAUCCAGGAAGCAAGCAAAGCGUCACCAGACUCGUUCAGUUACAACCGGCAAGUCGUCCAAGAAAGCAUCUUCGAUGUCAACGCGCUGGAAAAAGUUAUGGCUCGGGCAGAUGUAACUCCGUCCAACCUUGUCACACUCCAGUCCCUCCGCCAGCAGAUUCUUUCAGGAGACCACUCGAGCAUUCCACGAUACCUUCCGUGUGCAGGACUCCAUCCCAUGUCCGACAGCUGUCUUGCAGUUGGCCUCACGCGCUUUCUCGAAGUCGCGCAAUGGAUGCUGCCAAUAUACGCUGCCUUACAUUUCGUGCCCACUCUGGCAUUGCGAUGGAAGUUGUUUCGCAAUAACCCUUCCAAGGUGCUUUCUCACGCGACCGUGGGCAGUCUCCGGAGUUCCGCGUUUUUAGGCGCGUUUGUCACGAUCUGCCAAGCCGUUUGGUGCAUUAAACACAGGCUAUAUGAACGCAUCAUGGCUUCCCCUGCACUGCGACGAGUUGUACCGCAGAAGGUUACUGAUGCGUUGAUCUCGCGGUAUACUUGGUGGAUCUCGGGUCUAUCGUGUGGGCUGGCGCUUUUCUUUGAGGACGAGCGUCGUCGCGGCGAGCUGGCGAUGUAUACGCUUCCCAAGGGGCUGGAAAGUCUGUGGAUUGUUGCUCGAGGAAGGGGGCUCGUCGGUCGAACGGGCAACUGGGGAGAAAGCCUGUUGGCAGCCGUUGGAGCAGGCAUGGUGAUGACUAUAUACCAGAACGAUCCAGAGCAUCUCUCUGGCCUAGUUCGUAGAAUAUUAUACCAGUUUAUUGGACCAAACUAA